AUGCCCGAAAGUGACGAAAAGAGACUUGCUUCAUAUGAAGUGAUAAAGAAGAUCGGUUCCGGCCGCUUUGGCGAAGUUUUUCUAGUAAAGCAAAAGGAAUCAGAAAAAUUGUUCUGUUGGAAAGUGAUAAAUUACCAGGAGCUGAGGGAGAAAGAAAAGAGGCAACUGGUCAUGGAAGUUAACGUCAUGAGGGAACUCAAACAUCGCAAUAUUGUAAGGUAUAUCGAUCGCAUGAUUGACAAAAAGCACCAGCUUUUAUACAUUGUUAUGGAAUAUUGCAAUGGAGGAGAUCUUGCGCAUAAUAUGAAACGAUUCCGCAAGUACUACGAGUCGGUGAACGAAAGUGUUAUUUUUGACAUUGCUAGACAGCUUCUUAUGGCCUUGGACUACUGCCACAACCUACAGUCUGACUAUGGGAUAUCACGAAUUUUGCAUAGGGAUUUGAAGCCGCAAAACAUAUUCCUAGCUACUGUAUCGCCAAACAGCAACAAAUAUAUUUGUAAAAUCGGGGAUUUUGGGCUAUCUCGCAAUUUGGGCCCGGAAUCAUUUGCACAUUCUUGCGUAGGAACCCCCUAUUAUUGGAGUCCAGAAUUGUUAUUAUCAGAUAAUAAAAAAUAUGACGAUAGGGUUGAUAUUUGGGCCUUGGGAUGCGUUUUAUAUGAAUUUUCAUGCGGGCAUACCCCUUUUCACGAAGCGACCACGCUCAGCGAAUUGGCGCAAAAGGUUAAGGAAGGGGCUCCGUUGCCAAUUUCAGGACGCAGCAAGGAGCUAAAUUGCCUCCUCCACUUGCUGCUGAGGCAAUCGCCUAAUGAAAGGCCAUCGGCCAGACAAUGCCUAGGUCUAAGUAUUAUCGACAACCCACCUAUCUACACCAACUCUAACUCGAGCAUUGUGAGUAAUAAGAAAUUGGAAGACGGUGAAGGAGAAAUUAUAAUUGAAUCUAGAAGGACGGCCAAUAAGCCACAAGAAUUUCGGAGGCAAUCUCUGAGAAUAAUAUCGCUAAAUAAAACCCCGUUUGAGGAAAUUUGUCAAGCCAGGAGGGAUAUGAAGCAAUCAGGCAACUAUGGCACGCGAAUUGAUAAUAUCAAGCAACUGAAAAAAGUUACAGCAAUGUCGAACGCAUUCACUCAUCUGAUUUCUGGAAGGAGGCGAAACAGCAGUUGA